AUGUUUGGAACAGUUUCAAAAGAGAUGGAAGUGCAAGUUUCAGCCACGGAAGCAUGGGAGCUCUACGGAACGCUUCUGCUGUCGAAGCUCGCUGAAAAAGAGCUCCCUAAUGACAUUCAAAAAAUUGACAUUAUACAAGGUGAUGGAGGUGAAGGCACAAUUCUCAAACUGACAUUUCCACCAGGGACGAUUUCUUCUUACAAGGAAAAGUUUACAAAGGUCGACAAUGAGAAAAGAGUGAAAGAAGCGGAGUUGAUUGAAGGAGCAUAUCUUGAUUUUGGAUUUACUCUUUAUAGGGUUCGCUUUGAAGUCAUAGAGAAAAAUGAGAAUUCAUGCAUAACCAGGUCCACAAUUGAGUAUGAAGUGAAGGAAGAGGCUGUUGCUAAUGCCUCCAUGGUUACUAUCGAGCUACUGCUGAAAACUAUGGUAGUCGCAGCCAAUUAUCUCACCAAAAACAAAAAGUAA